UGCGUAUCUGGGAAGGCCAUUGGUCGGUGGCCGAGACGAUUCGCACCCAUCGCCGCUUACACCUCAGUGCCCCACUACAGCCUCACGUCAUGACCAGAUGGCUAGGGUCGUUUCGGCUCUUUUUUUACAUGUGCUUCUCUUGCAUAAGGAAUCACAGGGCGCGAGACGUUGCUACACCGGGCUUGUUCUUCCGACAAUGCCUGCAGUCCGUGUCACUAUGCGAAUGAGCAUGAACAGAACAUCCCAUCGACGAGAGCGUCGGAAAUGAGUGUCAUUCAGACGGAUCAUCGAUGUUUCUGCAUGUGGCAGGGCCGAGUUCUCAGCUGUCGGGUUUAUAACUUGUGUUGUUUAUUGCAAUUUUCCCCGGUUCUGCAUAUUACAGUAGUGUCUGCAAUACACAUUGUCACAUCACACUAAAAAUCACUCUCAUGUCCGCGUAUAAAGUCAAGCAUCUGCAUAGUGGCGAAGAACACGAGCGACCGGCGAUACUGGUUAAUAAUCAUCACAUCCGUGACAAGGCAAGAUGGGAAACUUAUGCUGUUGAUCCUGCCAUCGAGGCCUUCCACCGACACCUGCCAGACUACGCUGAGACCACGCUUCAUCAUCUGCCUUCACUGGCUGCCGAGCUAGGCGUGGCCCGUGUCUUCCUCAAAGAUGAGAGUACACGCUUUGGACUUCCGGCGUUCAAGAUUCUGGGUGCAAGUUGGGCUGUUCAUCGCACCGUGUGCGAGAUAUUGAGGCUUCCUCCUACGACCUCGUUGGAAAUCAUGCGACGUGCGGUUUCUGAUCGCAAUGCGUCCAUGCCGGCGGUCAGAAUCGUGGCAUGCACCGAAGGCAACUGGGGCCGCGCACUGACAAAAAUGGCCAAGUUUCUUGAUAUCUCUACGACAAUCUAUGUCCCAGGUUUGAUGAGCGAAUACACGAGAAAUUUACUGCGCGUUGAGUCCGCUGAAGUCAUCGUUCUCGAUGAUGGAACAUACGACGAUUGUAUAGCUGCCGCCAGAGACGACGCCCAGCGUACUGGGGCAUCGUUGAUAAUGGACACGAGUUGGGAGGGCUACGAGCGGAUUCCACAGUGGGUCGUUGACGGCUACACCAGCAUUCUUGCCGAAACUGAUCGGCAAGUAUCUUCUUUCACGAAUGGACAGAAGGCGAGCACCUUUUUCGUUUCCGUGGGCGUAGGCUCAUGGGCGCACGCUGUCGUUAUGCAUUACAAAGCGGCAGACCCAAAUAGUUGCAUCAUAGCGGUCGAGCCGGAAGCUGCAGCGUGUCUGAAGGAAUCUCUUCACUGCGGAAAGCUUCGAGCGAUCUCAACGGGCCACACAAUUAUGGCUGGUAUGUGCUGUGGCACACCUUCCAGCAUUGCUUUCCCGGUCUUGCGCGAUGGCGUUUCUGUUGCAUUGGUCGUCAAUGAGAAAGAAGCACACGAGAGCGUUUGCUUUUUGCGAGCCAUUGACAUAAAUGCAGGGCCUUGUGGGGCAGCUACGUUGUCCGCCAUGCGAAAGUACCUCGUGACUUUGAGCCGAGAAGAGCGGAAUGAUAUGGUUGUAGUUCUGUUUAGCACCGAAGGACCACGAGAUUAUGAUAUACCGAUUUGA